AUGUCAUCCCCCCUCGCCGUCCCCAUCCCACCCUUUGACGACCUCCCCCUCCGCCCAGGCGACCCGCACCAUUCAGCCUGGGGUCUAUGGAAGAACCCGGCGCUGGGUGCACUCAAUCAUCUAACGGAUGAGGUCGUGCUGCGGGCUGCGCGCGAGGAGGUUCGGUCUGGGGAGAGGGUUACGGUUAAUCUCCCGCUAGACAGCAUCAAGCCCGCUCUCCUGGGCCGCGUCGAUUUCCAGCAGAAGCUUAUCAAUAAGGCGCCGAGGGUGAUUAAUGAUGAUGUGAUUACCUUCAACACGCAGACAAGCACGCAAUGGGACUCGUUCAGGCACUUUGCGUAUCAGGAGGAGGGCAAGUUUUAUAAUGGCGUAACCCAAACCGACAUCCACGAUACACCAAACAGCACAAUCAACGGGAUAGACGGAUGGUCCGAAAAAGCCAUUGCUGGCCGCGGCGUCCUCGUCGACUACGCCUCGUGGGCCGCGAAGCAGCAAAAGCAUCAAGGACACAGCACCCCCACCAAUAACAGCGGCCUCACCGCGCACGCAAUCACAGUCGCCGACCUCGAAGCCCUCUUGGCCGAGAGCAAGGUCACGCUGCGCACAGGCGAUAUCCUCUUCGUGCGCACGGGUUAUCUAGCCUCGUACACGGCGCUCGAUAAAGUUGGGCGGGAGAAGCUGGUGAGUAGCCCGCAUGCGUGGCCGGGGCUUGAGCAGAGUGAGGAAAUGGUCCGGUGGCUGUGGGAGAGGCAGUUUGCGGGCAUUGCGGGGGAUAAUCCGGGGUUGGAGGUUGUUCCACCGGUAAACCCAACCUGGCAACUCCACCCGAUCCUGCUCGCGGGCUGGGGCACACCGAUCGGCGAGCUAUUCGAUCUGGAGGCGCUGGCUGAGACAUGCAAGCGAAAGCAGCGGUGGACGUUCUUCGUUACCAGUGUACCGCUGGUUUAUCGGGGAGUUGUGGCGUCUCCGCCGAAUGGGGUGGCGAUUUUUUAG